UGAGCACACACAGCUGCCCAUCAUCACACACACUCACUCACACUCACACACUCUCACACACACUUCUUCAGCUCCUGAGAGGAAAUCUACCAAAAAGUGACGAUGGGGAAAAUUAACGGCUGCCUCAAGUGUCUCUUCAUCUUCUUCAAUGUGUUGUUUGGUAUCAUCGGAUGUGUUCUGAUCUACGGGACCAUAAAGGUCACGGCCUACAGCCUCCAGAUGUCGGCGUUCGGGGCCCCCAGCGUGGCGUGGCUCUGGGUGUUCGCCAUCGGCGUCCUCGGCAUCUCCUCCCUGGGAAUCUACGCGGCCUGCUCCGAGAAAGCUCUGGCCCUGAAAAUAUUUGCAGGCUUCAUGGUGGCGGGGAUGGUCAUCAUGAUGAUCUUUGGCAUCAUCAUCGUCGUCUUCAGGAACCAGCUCAGAGAUUCAUUUGACCAAGCCUCCGCUGAACUGGCCAAGCCCUUCAUGGCAAGCCAGGAAGGGAGAGAAGCUCUGAACCAGCUGCAGGGAUCUCUUCACUGCUGUGGAGUGGUGAGUCCCAAGGACUGGACUGAUGACAUCCCCUCGUCCUGUAGUUGCAGCAGGUACGGGACUGGACCCUAUGGUGGACGUGAUAGCUGCGUGGCCAAACCUUCGGGAGCCAGUGGUCCAGACCAGAUCUAUGAACAGACCUGCGGCGACUUCUUCUUCUCCAUCAUUAACAUGGCCUGCAACGUCACCAUGGGCUUCUUCUUCGGGUUUGCAGUCACCGCACUGCUCGGCCUGCUGGUGUCGCUCCUGAUGAUCCAUCAGGUCAAACGUCACGACAGCGCGGACGGUGCGUCGUACUCCAUGAAGAGCUACUGACGACCUUUGACCCCUUCCCUUUAACCUCUGCACUGUAACUGGGGGACUCAGUGAUCAUUGUGUGUCUUCUUUCACUUUUUUUUACAGCGCUUCUGCCUUUUUAAAGAUUGUAGGAAAAGAGAUGGUUUCUCGAAGGAAGAGUUCAUGUGGGAGAAAAACUGCUUUUCAAGCUUUUUUAUCAUAGAAAUUAAAAAAACAUUUAUUUUUGUGUGAAUUAUACAGUAUAUAUGUAUAUCUUUUGUGUUAUUUGAUGGUAUUUUAGCCGCCUCACGUAACAGAGGAGCAGUUUCUAGGCUCAACAAUGUUUAAUUUGACUUAAGGUCUUUAAACCCAAGGAGGUUAUACAAAUUAUUUCUCUAGAAAAUGAUUGUUUUACACGUUAGCAAAAAUUCACAUGUGACUCUCGUAUCGCAAACUUAUAACUUAGAAAAUAACGUUAAAUGAAGGUGAUUGGUGACAAAUGGCUAACAGGCUAAUCGAACAGCCGCCACCAUUUUGAAAUCUCCCAUUGUUAAUUUUCUCUAAAAAUCUCUACGGUCAAAAUCUCGUGCCAUUGGUCAAUAACACAUUUCGUAUGAUAACUAAUUGAUCAUUAAUCUGUGGAUUUAAUUUGUCUUUGCAGCUUUUCAAUUGGAAUUAUGCUUUGAAGUUUCAUCACCAACAUUUUCCGUGUUAGUAACACAUUGUUUAUUACUGUGCUGCUGUGGGGGCCUAGUUUUACAUUUUCAGAGUCGAUUGUUUUUUAAGAGCCUGUUUUCAUCUUCUGUCCACGACGAGGUUAAGUUUUAUAUGAGAUUACAGAUCAUAACUCCCCAAUAAACAAUUCAAAGAAAACA